UUCAGUUAUAAAGAAAGAUGGCAUUUUGGGAAUACCUUUGCUGCCUUCUUGCUGUGGCAAUGCUACCUAUCAAUGUCAAUGGUGCGGCAUCGGUGACAUUAACAACACCACCCCAUCAUACCCAGCCCAUUGGACAGGACCACUUAUUGAUUGUUUUACAGAAUAUGCAUCAAUCGAAUACCUACCAUCAACUUACAACCCAACAGAAGAUUUUCUUGGUGGAACUUCUUGCCGCCGCGGAGGUAGAUGCCGUGACUCAUUACAUUGACACAGUUGGAUUCGAUAAAUUUCUCUUAUUUCUUGAUGUGGUGACAAAAAUAAAUGCAACUGAGGCACAUUUGUUGGAACAUUACAUGGUUCAGGAAUUGAAUCAAGAGAACCCUGACGGCACUGGUCAGGGUGUUGUCGGAAGAAAGAGGGAUUUAGCGAAGUUUCUGGCCACAGUACAGCAGAACCCCGCUGUGCAGUCACUACCCCCCAGUGAUCAGGCCCUGUUGGACGAACUGUUGAGAGCCGCUGAAACCCACACACUGACACCCGUCAUCCACAGAGAAGGAUACGCCAAGAUUGUCCAGCUUAUCGAAGACAUUGGUACUCCAACUGAAACACAUACUUUCAUUUCUUACAUGGUGUCGCAUUUGAACCAGGAGGCUGCUCAUCACUCUUCUACAUAGACGCUCUGUUUUCAGACUGUUACAUUAAAUUGUGUUUAUUUAUAUCUUCACAAAACCUUUCAGUUUCUUUCUUGUCUAUCAUAUGACAAGGGAAACACGGCGGGUGUGACCGAUCGACAGGAGAUGCUUAUUCCUCGAACGCACCUGACCCCACCUUUAAUCUUUUUGGAGGACCAUGUUUGCUCUACUCUCGAUUUGUAUUGUUUCACAAGAUUUUACCAAAAUCAACAGCUUUUAAACUUACAAUUUUUCAACUAUAUACACAACCAUUCCCCAUGAUAAAUUAGAGUCCAAGCUUUUUUAGAUCAUCGACAGCUGCUUUUUCAUUAAAAAUGGAACUCGUAAAA